AUGCCAUCGCAAGAUAAACCCAAACGGGUCGCUGCAAAUCCGGAAUUGAACCCGUUUUUGAGCAGGGCAUUAGCGAGAAUAUACGGCGACAAUCCAUCUGUGGAGGUGAGAUUGCCCGAGCCGUCUGUUGCCGAGGAUAUCGAGUACUGGAAAACGCUGGCCGAGCGGGCCAACAUCCCUAUAAAAGACCCUGUGCCGGAGCAGGAGGCCCCAGAGGUACACAGAGAGAAAGAACAAAAUAGCGGAAAGUCAUUGAGGAGCAUAUUUCGCAAAGAGAGCGCCGCAACAGAGGUGCCGUUGAAGCGCAUUCCGAGAACACGCAAGGACGAUUUCAGCUGGUACCGCGAGUCGAAAAAGCGUUAUGCGAGGUAUUUGGCGGCUUCGGCGCGCGAGGAGCGCGAAUUGUACGAGCAGAUUCACAAGGAGUACCUAGCCGAGCGCGAGAGUCUGAAAAGGCUUGAGGAGGACGAAAGUCGGGUGGCCAAGCUUGCGCAAUUGCUUCGGGAAGUUAGUGAAAGCAAGGAGGUGAAGGAGCCUGAGGAAGAACCGAAGGUGGAGAAGAAUAAGGAGGAGCAAGAGGAGGAGCAAGAGGAAGAGGAAGAAGAAAAAGAGGAAGAGAAUGACGAAGGAGAAGCAGAAUCUGACAUACAGCUAAAUGAGAGCGCACAUUCUGACAAUUCCAUUGAGGUGAUUGAACUUGGCUCUGAAAGCGAGCAGUCGGAGCAAGAAGAGCCGCAGGACUAUGAAGACCAGCCAAUGACGGACCGGUUUGCAGGCAAGCGACUUCCUCCAAUAAGCAACUAUGUGGUGAGCCAUUAUGGCGAGAGUGAAGGGGAGAGCGGCGAGAAUGAGGUUUACAGCGAAGGUAACGAGGAGGAGAGCGAAAUUGGGGAGAGUCAGGCAGAGGAGAGUGUUGAGGAAAGCGAGGAGCUGAGUGAAGAGGAACAGGAAAGUGAACAGGAAAGUGAACAAGAGAGUGAACAAGAAAGCGUGCAAGAGUCUGUUGAAGAUGAAAUUGGUUCCCAAGUCUCCCAGAGCCCGUCUGGCAAGCCGCAGAUGCAGCAACCUUUGGAGCUACAGGAAAUCGACCAGAUUAUGUCUGAGGCAGAUAGCAUAUUGAACCAGCCCGUUGCGAACGAGUCUAUUUAUUAUUCCUACCACGAAAAUGAGCAGCCAACCGAAGUUCCAGACUGGACUCAGAUCGCGCUUCUAGCUCAACAGGAGACAAGUGUCUACGAAGACGAUGUCGUUGACGAAACCACUCGCAUAGAGGUGAAGGCUGAGGAGACAGCAGAAGCGGAGGAAAUAGAACAACCGGAAGAGCCAGGAGAGACGGAAGCAGCUGAGGAGGAAGUUCAUGAAGCGGGCGAAUCUGAGCAAGCUAACGCUGAGGAAUCGGAGAUUGCAGAAGCGUUUGAAACUGCUAUUAUGGACACAACCGAAUCUGAGCCGCCUGCUCCAACCAAGAAACACAAAAUUCCUCCGCCAGUGGAGUUGCCGAAACGAGUGUCAAGUCCAAAGUCUCCAAAACUGAACCCUGGUCUAUUGGACCUUUUGUCGGGCGCGUUCGACGUGCACAACAAGGCCAGCGAGGAGAGCGAGCCAAUAGUGUCUGAGAGUGCCGAGAAGUCUGUGCAUUUUGUGGAGCCAGACUCCGAGAUUGACGCGGAGAAAGAGGCCGAGUCCAAUGCGAUGGAUGCAGAGAGCACGAACAUUGAAAUUGAUGAGACAGCGAUGGAGACAAACAUGGAGACGGCUACGGAGGGCGAGACCACCGUGCUUGUGACUGCGCCGGAGGCUGAGACCGAGGCAUCGCAGGAAUACGACGCCGAAUCGACGUAUCUAAACACGGCAUACGACACGGCGAUGGACUCUGCGGUCGAACACCUCGAGUCUGGCGACGAGCCUGCGAUUGAGGUGGUGGCCGAAUCAUCGGUGAUCGAGAACGACGCCGGCGACGCGUCGAUCGACGACUCUAUUGACCAGGCGGCGUAUGCGACGGCUUUGCUGAACACGACGCAGGCAGACGACGACACAGAGUCGGUACUUGCGAAUCAAACAGUGUACUACGACGAUGAGAAUGCAGACUCCGAGGAACUGAUGGAGCCAGAGCCUGCAGAGUCAUUGGCCUCUGACCAGGUUGAGCAGGGUAUUAUGGAGGACUACGACGAGGAGGUGGCAGGCAAACGGAAGCACGAAGAGGCAGAGACAGAGCAGGAGCCGAAGCGCGCCAAAGUGCAGACGGGAUUGCUUGGAACGCUGGAGCAGUUUGCGUCGGAGGCGAUGAUGGAUAUCUCGACGCCGGAAGUUGAUGUCACGGAGACGGAGGAGAAGAAUGAGGCCCCAGAGGAGGCCGAAGCCACGGCUGUUAUUAGUGUUCAUCCAGAGGGGGAGGAGCAGGAGGAGGAGGAGAAGGACGAGUUGAAUGAAAAAAAGGAAGAAAAGGAGAAAGAACCAGAGGAGAAACAGUUAGAAGAGGAGAAGGAAGAAGAAAAGACGCAGUUAGAGGAAGAGGCGGAGGACGAUCAGAAGCACGAGGAAAUGGAAAUGCAGUUUGCAAAUGAAAAGUCCCAGUUGGAUGUUUCAGACCUCGAACCUCAACCGGUUGCAGAUGCUGAGCCAGCCGGAUUUUUCAGCUCUCUGAGAGAUUUUGUCUCUGGCGCGAUGAUGGAGAUGGAGAGUGAUGUCGACCGGAGGGAUGUAUCUGAGGUUAGCGAAAAACAGCAGUUUGAGGACAAGCAACAGGUGGAACCAAUUGAAGAUCGGUUUGAGCCCGAGGAAGUUGCAGACAAGAGCUACCGUGAAAAAGAGGCAGGAGAGGAUUUGGAAGCACGAGAGCAGCUGGAUGAGGUUCCUGAGGAAGAAAAAACAGAAGAGCCGCAACUGCCAGCAGAAAUACAAACAGAGCACGCUGUCGAGACGACAGAGCAUAAAGAUGAGGAAGAGCGUGAGGAAGAGCCGGCAGAGCCAGAGGAACAGACGGAAAUUAUUCACGUCCCUGCAGCGGAGUCCGAAGAGGAGCCAAGCGAAACUUUGGCAGCAGAGACUGCAGAAGAAAACUCGGUGCAAAUAGAGGCAGAAUCAGACGGUACAGAGGAACCGGAUAUAGAAGCUCCGGAGGAAAGUUCCGAAGAAGCCCCUGAAGCUCUUGAAAGUCCAAAGGAACAACCACAAGCGCAAACAGCAUCCCCUACGCCUGCAGAUGACGAUUCUAGUCCUGUUUCUGACUCGCAAGUUGCAGGUUCGCGCCCAGAAUCUCCUUCUCCAACACGCGGCUUCCUUGGACUGCUCGCAGACUUUGCUUCGGGGACGCUAGCCGACGUUUCUCCGAGCGCAUCUGACAAUGAGCCAUAUGAGCAUGAUGCGGAGCUGGAGCAGACAGAGGAGGCAGGAGAAGCAAAAGAGCCAGAAGAGGUUGCAGAACAGACUCCUGCAGACGCCGAGACGGAAGUGGAGCUAGAGCAAAAGCCGGACGAGAAGACGGCUCUUGAGGACCAGCCUGUACCUGAAGAAUAUGAGGAACCAGUGCAAACUAUCACCGUCAGGCCUGACCCUGCUUCUCCGGAGGCUUCCCCAAAGCCCUCUUCGGAAACUUCACCAGCGGCCUCUCCAAAACUUUCCGACGCAGAUGUUCCAGAAAGAGUUGACACCAACGAGUCUGAAGACGUUCCCGUGAUCCAUGUUCCUGCAACAGAAUCUCCUGCAGCAGAAUCCCAAAUCACCGUCAAGCCAGAACCUCUAGCCUUGUCCUUGGGCGACGUGCCUCCUUUGACCGCAGAGACGCAGUCGGAGUCUGAGCGUAGCAGGGACUCUUCGCCUGCAAGACGGACGAGAGGUCGCUCUCAAAAGCGCCACAGCUCAGAACCGCGCGACAGCGAGAGUUCAAAGAAACAACGGCGUGUGGUUUCCGACCCUGAGACUUCGCGCAAACCAAAGUCGCGGCCGUCGUCCAACGGCGACAGGCUGUACCGUGCUAAGUCGCCAAUCAAGAUCACCAGCAGUGGAAUGUCGACGCGUAGCGGCCGCGUGCUCUCGUAUGAGCUGGAGCAGAAACGGGGCGAGCUGAGCAACCCGCCUCCUGCUACUCUGCCCAAGGCGGUGAAAGACCUGGUGGAGGAAGCCGAGUUUUUCAUCGAGGAGGAGAAAGCCAAAGAACUGAAGGAACUGGUUGACGAGGCGCAGCAAUUUGUUGAGGAGCCUGUUCCAGAGCUCAAGGUGGAAAAAAGACGCAAGCUAAAGAGCAGUACUCCGGAACCAGAGCCAGAAAUUUUACCAAGACGUACGUCGCGGCAGACAGGCCGCGCGGCUGCACCGGCAGAGCCUCUUGCCCGAAUCCCGCCUCCGCGCCGAACUCGUAAAGCGCCAAAGGACAAGAAGCCCAAACCCAAAUCUAAAAAAUAG